UGCUAUACUUUCCAAACUGCGGCGCAUUCGCACUUCUGGUCCAGCCACAUCGCAUGGCCGCCAGAUAUCCUCCGCGCGGCGAGCUCCGCACCGACUUUCGGCAGUUCGUGUCCACGCCAGACCCGGACGUUGCGUCUGGCGCGCCGAUCGUUGUCAACUUUGAUGCUGCCAACCACUACAACCGCGCAUCGGUGCAUUCAUCCCACAGCAGCCAACAAUCCCGACGAAAGUCAUCGGUGGACAACGACACGACGCACCGGUUUGGCGCGCACCAAAAUGGCGGCGUUCUCCCGGUGCCCGUCGAAUCAGCAACCUACGAAACAGACGUCGCGAUCCUCGGAGCAUCCCAGACGCACCUCUCAAAGCCGCAAGAGCUUAACGACGAAUACUACGCAUACUUGUGGACAAUUGAAGGCGCAUGGUACAAGAAGCUAUACUUUGGCAUUUGGGGCAUCGUGAUCGCCAUCGUCCUCGGUGUCCUGGUUGCGUUCAUGAUCGACACAUUGGCUCACGCGGAUGUUGUAUACAAAGACCUGGACGCGUUGUCACCGGAGGCGCUGCUGGAACAAUUCAACAAAGCAGUGAACCUCCUGAAGCUCAAGCAAAGCAUCAACGAGUGGAUUUACCUCCCGGGGGAUCUUCUCAUUCGCGGGCUCUCGUGUUUGAUUGUUCCCAUGAUCUUCGUCAACGUCACGAUCGGUGUCGCCGACAUUUACUCGCUCAAGAAAGGCCGCAUGGUGGGGUGGCGCAUGUUGCUCCUGUGCCUAGUCACGACAAUCCUGGCCGUCGGGCAAGGAAUGGUGCUGUCUACAAUGCUGCCGGACAACUUGUUCCGGGUCGAGACAAAGCUCCAAUCUCCGGGCUUGGCAUUCUCGGGCAAUAGCUCCAACGCCUCGGGUUGGUCCAACUGGCGGAACGGCAUCCCCGCUGUUCCCGUAAACCUCUUGUGCCCGAUGAAAGCGGCGGACGGAGCUGCCUUGUUCAUGAACACCCACUUCGACCGGUCCACCAACACGACGCGAAUGGUAUGCUCGCCAAAAAUCGCAACACUCGCGCUCACGGACCUGAACCGGACGUUCAAGUCGGCCUCGAACUGGCUGGUCAAGGCGCCGACCGCUGAAGCUGUGUUUUUUAACCUUACCGACACACUGGUGACGGACAACAUUGUGGCGGCGUUCACCAAAGACGGGCAGCUGGUGAGUCUGGUCAUGUUUGCGAUUCCGCUCGGCAUUGCGCUCGCGAUGCUUGGCGUGAACAACCCAGUGAUUGACCUCUUUCGCCAGCUCAACAGCAUCUUUCUCAUCAUGAUCGGGUGGGUGAUCAACUUUGUCCCGGUCGCGGUCAUCUUUCUCGUCGCGUCGGCGUUCCUCGUCCCCGAGGACCCAACUGCUCAGGCAGUGAUUGGGUGGGGGUCUCAAGACAUCAGCGACCCGAACAUAGUCAAGCGGAUGCGGCUCAUCUUGCCUCAGCUGAACGUGCGGUCGUCAUCGUUCUUUGAAAACCUAGCCGACGAUUUCAAGCCUCCCCUCACCCUCCUGUUGAUUUUUAUCCUGGGGUCUGUACUCCACAUGGUCGUCGUCCUGCCUGGCAUGACGUUCCUCUGCACGCGCCGCAACCCGUUUUCGUACAUGAUGCAGAUGAGCCGCGCAAUCAACUUUGGGUUUGGGAGUGGAUCGUCGUUGGCGGCAUUGCCCAUCACGGUCAAAGCGAUUGACAAUUCACAGACGGUAUCGCAUCAACUCACGCGAUUCUUGCUGCCGAUUGGAACGGGCAUCCACCUCGACGGCGCCGCGUUCUACUUGGCAGCGUGCACGGUGUUUCUGUUGCGCACCGAGUACCUCAGUCGAUCGGGGGCCGAAGUGAAUCCCGAAGACGACACGGCCGUGACUGCAAGUCGCUUGCUCAUCAUGUUUUUCACGUGCGUGAUCAACUCGUGGAGCUGUCCUCCAUUGCCGCACGGCGGGUUGGUUGGCCUCAUGAGCGUAUGGGCAGCCAUGGGGGUCACGACGUUGUCUGGAACGAACGUCACUUCGGUGAUGCGGCCAACGUACUUUGUUUGGAUUGUCGCUAUCGACGUCCUCCUCGAUCGGUUCUCGACCGUGAUGAACAUCAUGUCGAACGCGCUCAUCAUCCGCAUCAUUGCCGAGCAAAUCGACGAAACGUACAUUGACGAGCAAGACCGCCUGAACUUGCACGUUGUCGACGACGAAGACGACGACUAAGUCUGCUGAUGUAUCCAUAAAUAUAUAUAUAUAUGUUCCAUCGUGACAGA